GGGUCAGAACUUCGUAUGCCCAUACUAGUUCAGAUCUCGGUCGUUGUUGAAUCAAAAUUAUAAAUUGUAAAAAGUGUAAAUCGGCUUUUAUUCUUUUUUACCCACAAAGAUUUGAAGACUAACAAUAUCGUUUUAAAAAACAAGCAAACAGUAAACCAACAUGGGCGAUGAAGGCGGUGGCGGUGGUGGCGGGAAGGGCGACCUCAAGUCCUUCCUCAUGGACUUCAUGAUGGGCGGUGUGUCGGCGGCGAUUGCCAAGACGGCGGUGGCGCCCAUCGAGCGGGUGAAGCUCAUCCUGCAGGUGCAGGAGGUGUCCAAGCAGAUAGCGGCGGACCAGCGAUACAAGGGCAUCGUCGACUGCUUCAUCCGCAUUCCCAAGGAGCAGGGAUUCUCGUCGUUCUGGCGCGGCAACUUGGCCAACGUGAUUCGCUACUUUCCCACGCAGGCCCUCAACUUCGCCUUCAAGGAUGUCUACAAAACGGUGUUCCUCGGUGGCGUGGACAAGCACAAGCAGUUUUGGCGUCACUUUGCCGGUAAUUUGGCCUCUGGCGGUGCGGCAGGUGCCACAUCUCUGUGCUUCGUUUAUCCGCUGGAUUUUGCCAGAACCCGUCUGGCCGCCGACGUGGGCAAGGGCGGCAACCGGGAGUUCAACGGCCUGAUCGACUGCCUGAUGAAGGUGAUCAAGAGUGACGGACCCAUCGGGCUGUACCGCGGCUUCAUCGUGUCGGUGCAGGGCAUCAUCAUCUAUCGCGCCGCGUACUUCGGAUUCUACGACACGUGCCGCGACUAUCUGCCGAAUCCGAAGAGCACGCCCUUCUACGUGAGCUGGGCGAUUGCCCAGGUGGUGACCACCGUGGCCGGCAUUGCGUCCUAUCCCUUCGACACGGUGCGCCGUCGCAUGAUGAUGCAGUCCGGCCUGAAGAAGUCCGAGAUGGUCUACAAGAACACGGCUCACUGCUGGAUGGUGAUUGCCAAGCAGGAGGGCGUCGGCGCCUUCUUCAAGGGCGCCCUCUCCAACAUAAUCCGUGGCACGGGCGGCGCCUUGGUGCUCGCCAUUUACGACGAGAUGAAGAAGUACUUUUAGAUGCCCGUUGCCCGGCCGAUUAGAGGAGCAGUGGCAGUUGCAGUUGCAGCACCAGCUGCACCACACAGAACACGGCGAGAACCCUCCGUCAUCAGCACACCGAUCUCAUCCCUUUUGCAGUGAAGGACUGCGGGGAAACAACCAACCCGAUUAACCGCAUGACGGCUGCCCUUCAUCUCGAGUUGUGUUCGCAGCGGUUGAGAAAAUACAAAUAAUUUAUUGAACUUAAA